UUCUCUAUCACUGGAGAACCUAUCUGGUAUUGAGAGUUUGGUUUCCCAAGCUGUUGUUCAUAGUUCAUUCGCCACUGAAAUAUGGAGACCCUUUUCAGGGUUGUGUGCUCCUCAUUCCCAGCAACUCCUCCAAUCCCUCAUCGCUCACUUUCCACUAGAAACCCAUCUCUCUCGGCCCUCAAAACAGGCCCAUCUCCUGUGAGUGAGCUUGCAGAAGAGGACGUGCUGCAGACGUUCUUCAAGGAAAGACAGUUGAAUGGAGACUUCAUAUCAAGACUUUCUGACGUGUUUUGGCAGAGGGAGUUUACGAAUUUUGUUGAUGGUGAUGGUGUUGGUGACAUUGAUGACACGACUACUCAACAACAAGCAGAAGAGCAGGUACAUGACCUCUAGCUCUUUUUAGCUUUUUCGCAAACCCGAAUUUUAUUGAUCGAGUUUUGAUCAGUUUGGUUAGAGAUGUGAA